AAGAACACAGUGAAUUUUAGUGUCUGAGUUUUUAUUAAUUUUUUAAAUUAAUUUUUGCGUGGAUUUAUUUGCAUUUUUGUGUGUAACGUGGUCCCUGGCUGCGCUUUUCGUUGUGCAUCACUUGAGUUUCUUUCACAAUGGACACGAUAAUUUCCCAAAAGCCGAAAAUAAAAUCUCGCUUCAUCAAGUACACAGAGGUACGACGCGUCAAUACAGAAACGACACAACAUCUGCACCAGCAGCAGCAGCAGAACAAAGGAGCUGCCGUACGAAAUAUCAAAAUCGCUCGUACUCCAUUGAAUAAUGAGGAAGCCCGGUUCCCCGUGUAUGGAGUCGCCCAAAUGGGACCCAAAACGCGCGACGAAUUCGACCUCAGUGAGAUUACGGUGCAAUUCGAGGACGAAGUGCAAACAUUGUACGUUGGCCCGGUCGAAAUAAAGGAGAAUUCGUUGCAACAACAAGCGAAUGCGACAACGACGCAACGCACGGAAAGCGUUAUUAUCUCGCCAAAAGUGCAAAUUAAGCAGGAAAUCGAUCAAAACAUUCCACAAAGUGUCACGGUCAUUCAGAAAAGCCCGCAAAUGCCGGUUGCGCCAGCGAAAAAUCGCGUAAGUUUCGCCGAUACACAAGCGAAAUGUGUCCCUCUCGCAAUGGCAGCCAGUACCGCUGCUUCUGUCUCUAUCGCACCUACACAAGCAAAGCAGAUUUUGACAGACAGAAAUUCCGUACAACACAAGUCGUCGUCGGCAGCACAACAAAAAUUAGAUUGUGUGAGUAACGUUACUACCAAUACAAGUGCCGUUAAACGGAACGUCGUCGUAAAUAAUCCAUUGAAAAAUAAUGUCGGAGUGCGUAGUGAAUCGAAACAAAAAUCCAGCUUGACUCACAUCAAAAUCGCUUUAAAAUCGAAAAAACCUGAAAUCGCGAGUGACAUGAAAAAAGAAAAAUCCGCGGAAAAAAAUAAAAAAAGUGCGAAAGAAAAGCCAAAACGCGAAAUUCGUCAAACAAACAUCAAUCAACACUUUGUCAAAAUCGAAAAAGGUGGAGCUGCCUUGUUGCUCCAAGAUGACAAAGACUACAAAACCCCCUCGCCAGCAACCAGUGACAGUGGCAUCGAGAAUAACAUCGAAGAGCACGACAGUAACUCGACGCCACACAACUCAACCGUCAACGAAACUGCCGUUCCUCGAAAUAUUCCCGAGUUUUUCCGCUCCCUAAGUCUCUGUCCGACGCCCUUGCAUCCCGCAUUGUCUGCCAAACACAAAGCAUCACAACACGAAGUCCUCGAAACGAUCAUCGUUGAUCCCAUUAUCGCUGCGGAAAAGCCAAAAGCGAGUCCCAAGCCGCAAGUUAUCGUCGAAACGAUCGUCGUUGAUCCCGAAACGCCCAAAAAAGCAAAACCCGUGAAGGAAAAGCCCGUUGAUACGACACAAAAAAAGAAACGGGGACGUCCUCCGAAGAAAGAUAAGGAAGUUGUGACUCCAAAACAGGCGAUUCCGGCUGAAAAACCUGUUGAAACGCCAGUUCAGGACACAAGUAUCACGGAAGAUACGCCCGUUGUGACAGAUUUCGAGGAAUCUAUCGUCGUUGAAGCUACAAGUGCUACCGAGAACAUUCUUAUUAUCGAGUCGCCAGCGGCAGAACCUGAAAAAGAAAGCACUCCCGAGGUUGAGGAAGCACAAACAUCAACACAAGCUGCUACUGGUACUGCUGAGACAACUACAGAGGGCGAUGUUUUGUUUGAAAUUGUCUUGAAAGAUGACAAUUUGAACACAACAGGGUCGAAUUUCAAGCCUGUCGAGUAUUUAUGUCCGAAAUGCCCGAAAAAGACAGCUUUUAAGAACGAGGGAUGGUACAAGAAGCACUUGGUCAACUUCCAUAACGUAGAUUUGACGAAUAUUGGCAAGUUUUUGCAACAAGAAAUGGAGAAGGAAGCUCCUGUUGUGCAAGAACCAGUUGCAAAAUCCACGCCAGAGCCCGAGAAAAAGUUAAAUCUGUUGGAAAAGAUCAAAAAGGAGCACAUUGAGAAGAAACGUCGUUUAUCGGUGUCAACUACAACCACCGAAGAUAGUGAUGGAAAGCCCCGCAAGAAGAAUAAGGUUGAACGAAUUUUCACGGAAGAUCGUCAAAUUAAGCUUGAAUUGCCCGCAUUUGCUGUUGAUGACAACAACACUGAUGGUCCAGCUGCGCUCCAUAAUCCCUUCCUCAUCGAAUAUUUGGCAAAAGAGAAUCAACAAGAGCCCGGUAAGUUUGACGAGUUGCUCGAACUCUCAAAAUCCAUUCAGGAAAACAAAUCCAAGCAAGAGGAUAGUAACGUUAUUGAAUUCCACGAGAGCCAAAUCGUGACGUUGGUCGAAAAUGGCGAACAAAAGUACGGAUGUGCGAUUUGCGGUACGACAUUCCCCAAACGGUACAGCGUUGGACCGCACAUUAUGCGCGUGCAUGUCAAGAAAAAGGACAAAAUCUGUCCGUACUGCCAACGAGGCUUCACAGCAACCGGAGAUUUGACGCGUCAUAUUCGCACGCAUACCGGAGCUCGUCCCUUCAAGUGCUCCCAUGAAGGAUGUGACUUUGCAUUCAUCUCGAGCGGUGAUUUGCACAAGCAUUUACGUCGUCACGGCACAAAUCCAACGGAAAUUCCCAAGCCGAAUGUUUGCACGGUGUGUCAAAAGGCAUUUGAGCGUCCCUUUGACUUGAAACGUCACAUGAUUCGUCACAAAAUGGAACAAGAUCCCGAAUUUGAUGGAUCCUUCAAGUGUGAAAUUUGCGAAAAACGCUUCGCUCGCAAAGAUCAAUACCGAAAUCACACAUAUCGGCAUCUGGGUUACAAGCCGUACAAGUGUAACGUGUGCAACAAGUCCUUCAGCGAUGCCAGCAACUACAACAAACACGUAAAAAUCCACGUAACUGAUGGCAGCCCACUCUACUGUGACAAUUGCGGCAAGGAAUUCAAGAAUAAGGUCGCAAUUUCCAAGCACGUUCUUACCUGCUUCAAAAAACACGGAUUGUCACAAACUUUGUAAAUCUCACGAUUUUUAAUUACCUCACGCAUUGAAAUUUUUUCUUUCCACAUAAAUAUUUUUUUUGUAUUAAAUUAAUUUUUUUUCGUAAUUCCAAUUGCAUUUAAGUUUAAAUGUAUGAAAAAAUUGAACAAAUGUAAACGAUAAGUGAUACAAAAAAAAAAAAAAAAAAAAAAUGUAUUUUUCUACAAAAAAAAAAAAAAAAAAAGAAUCGAUUUUCGCAAAAAAAAAGUGAUCAAAAAAGGCCGUAAAUUUAAAAAUGAAAAUAAAAUAGACUUUCAACUCGAUAAAUCAAAUAUCUCUAAAUGCAACAGUUAGACUUACAUCAGCAUCUCAUGCUGAUUUUUAGCUUAUAAGAUAUUAAAUACGUUAGUUUUUAAAAAUAUAUUUUAUCAAGACGUCGUCACGCAUCUUCGUCAAAUAUGCCUCGUACUCACAUUCUCAAAAAAUAAAAAAAUGUUGAAGUGAAAUUUUUAAUUUAAAAAAAAACGGAAGAAAAUCUCACAGAUAAAAAUUCUUCCAUAAAACAAACAAACUUGAGCUUGCCAAUAAUUAUCACUUUUAUUCUAAUUAUUUUUUUUUACCUCAAAUAACUUUUUUACCUCAGUCACUUCGACAAAACACGAAGAUCGUAGACGACGCGCGCAAGUAUACUAUAUUUCUACUCUAAUUGUAUUCAAUAUUAUUCGCAUUUAUUUAAUUUAAAUUCAAAGUAAGUUUUUUGUUUUAGUGUUACUCGACAAGCAGAUACUUAAAAAAAAUAAAAAAGGAAAAAAAAGCAAGAAGAAAAAAAAUUCACACGAAAGCAAUACAAGACUUACAUAUAUUUUUAUA